GCCGGAAUUAAAUGACAGUUGGAAAAAAUGGUUUACCUUUACCGGGCGACUAGUAUAUGUGCUAACGCCGGCUAAGCACACAUGAUUAUACAGAGAACAGUCAUCCGUGCAGCUGAGAACAUGUCACUGCUGUUAUGGUUGCAUUGGCCAGUGUCCUCCGACGAGUGUGCAAUUUCGACCCGUGUGGAUCCCCCACGGCUCGACCGUGUCACCCAUAUCGCCGCUUCUUCUGGAAGAAAUGGUCGAAAUCCCAUUCACACAAUGUUGUCCGUCCCGCCGCAGUAAGGCCUGCUUAUGCCGUACCAAAGCACAUUGAACGCCCAGAUUACGUCGGUACUGGACUGGUGCCAGAAUGGCCUGACUACAUUGAAAUAAAGAACGCAGAGCAAAUCGAAGGCCUCGCCAGAGCUUGCCAACUAGCUCGACAUGUGCUGCUUCUUGUGGGGCAAAGUCUGAAUGUUGGUAUGACUACCGAUGAAAUUGACUUCAUUGUCCAUCAAGAGAUUAUCCGGCAUAACGCCUACCCCUCCCCUCUCGGAUACGGAGGUUUUCCAAAAUCGGUUUGUACUUCAGUGAACAACGUGGUAUGUCAUGGCAUACCUGACAGUCGGCCACUUCAAGAGGGCGACAUUAUCAACAUUGACGUGACUGUUUAUUUCAACGGUUACCACGGUGACACCUCGGAAACCUUCUUUGUCGGUGAGGUGGAUGAGGUCGGGCGGCGACUGGUGGAAACGGCAAGGCGUUGCAGGGAUGACGCGAUCGCCGCCUGCAAGCCGGGUGCGCAGCUUUGCGUUAUCGGGAACACUAUUAGUGAAAUAGCGCAUGCUAAUGGGUUCCAAGUGUGUCCUUAUUUCAUUGGGCAUGGAAUCGGCUCCUACUUUCAUGGCCAUCCUGAGAUCUGGCACCACGCAAAUGAUAAUGACAUGACCAUGGAUGAAGGGAUGACUUUCACAGUAGAACCUAUACUAAUGGAAGGCUCGGCAGAGUUUCAAAUCCUGAAAGACAAGUGGACAGCGGUGUCUGCAGACAAUAAAAGAUCGGCUCAAUUUGAACACACAGUAGUUAUCACAUCUGACGGAGUGGAAAUUCUCACCAAAUUGCCAGAAGAGGACAAUCAUUGACCUGUUCAGAAUGAAGUGUGAACCUCAACUGGUACAGACUGUUUACUUGGACAAAAGCAAAGUUACUUGAACUGUUAGUCAUCAGGGCAAAUAUGUAAUUCUUACCUGUAAUACACAGUAAUAAUGCCCCCACCUCCAUAAGACCUGGGUCCUCAUACAGUACUACAACUUUUAACAUCAGCCCCAUUUUUCUUUUUUUUAAAUCACUGACUUUUACAGACUUACACUUUGAGGUCAGUUUGUAACAGCAACCCCUACCACCAUGUGUACAUACAUUGUUUUUCACAAAAUCAUGAGCUUUAUUUAUUUGAUUCUUACUUUGUCUGUAACAUACAUCAUACUCAUACACGCAUACAGUGUACUCCAUUUUUUGCAUCUGCCUAAUGUGGGUUCUUCAACGAAUUAAAGAUUAAAAACCAUGUUGUUUUAUAGACUGAUUGCAUGAUUUCUUUUGUCACUUGAAUUACCGUAAUUCCCGGCCUACAGAGUGGACCUGGUUAUAAGCCUCACCCAGUACAUUUGUAAACCAAAUACCAUUUGGUACUUACAUUCGCUGCAGCUGUGUAAAAGACACAAGUACCCACAUUGAAACCCACAUUAAAACACAAGAUAUUUACAAAGAAAGACGGUACAGAGAGAGUUUAAUGCUAGUGCCGCUGCGCUAACGCUAGCAGCACCGCGCUCACGGUCGCACCACGCCAACUGGACCGGUGUGACGGUCUGAGUGCUCCCGGUGCUGAAAAGUCUCCUUGUGAUUAAUGCGCAUGCAUAUCUUGUAAACUUCCGGCCAGUCUGAAACAUCCCCGUUCAUGCUUCUUCAGCAUCGGCCAUUCGACAACUCUUCGCCGAGUGUUCAUGUUCGCUAUGGAUGUCUCAGAAAGACGAACACCGUGAACGUACAUAUAUGUGUAUAUCUUUUUAUCAACAUUUGUUUUAAGGUUAGGUUAGGAUUAGGGUUAGGAAAUACCGUAUGUUGCUCCCUCUAUGUAGAAGAAAGGGAACUUUGAGACCAGGGGAUUUCCCAGUAAGCGUCAGCUACGUACCCACAGUUCCCCUGCUAGUAACGCAUGUGCUUUAGUCACAAGGAGACUUUUCAGCACGGGGGAGCACUCCGACCGUCACACCAGUUAAAAAAAAAAAAACAUACCGGUAAAAGUCACUUCCUCGGCACAUAUAUUCCACUGGUCUCACUCUUACCUUUUCAGCUCGAGUGCCCCCUUGCGGCCGUUAGAAAAAAAUGCACAAAUUAGCCGCAUCACCCCAUCAACCGCAGGCUUGAAAGCGUGUGAAAAGAGUCACGGCUUAUAGGCCGGAAAUUACGGUUUUUUUUCUGUCUUUAUUUCACAGGAUAAUUGGACCUUGAACUGCAUUAAAAAAACAAAAAAAAAAUAAGGUGCUCCAAAACUUAUGAUUCAUGGUGUUUAUUAGUUGACUUGAGCUUCCCUAACUUUGGGCCAUCCUUUUGUAUGUUAAAAAAAUGGAUCAUUUUCCACUUGACAUUUUCAUUCAUAACACUGAUUCACAAGUACGUACACGUAACAUCUCUAGGGGUAAC